CUUUAUAGCACGGCAUCGUCACUGCAGCUCCCGCGUAAAGUAAAGAACCCCAAAAUCCUCUGUCCCACUCGCUCACUCAAACUCUUAAUAACUCCACACUUCCCUCAGAAAAUCUUCCUCACAAAGCUACUCCCUUUCUCUCCACUUCUCCACCACCAACUCCUCCAACAUGACAUCCAACAAAGACUGCGGCCACCACCACCACCAUAAACGCUUCCGCCCGUUAUACGCUGGAAUCCUAACCUUCCUCCUCAUUGUCCUCACCGGAAGCCUCUCAGUUUGGGCCAUCCUCCGUCCUUCAAAACCAAAAUUCAUCCUCCAAGAUGCUACAGUUUACGCCUUUAACGUUUCAUAUCCAAAUUACAUCACUUCCAACUUCCAAGUCACCGUAUCCUCUCGCAACCCGGAUGAUAGAGUCGGAAUCUACUAUGAUAGACUCGAUAUUUAUGCCACAUACCGUGACCAACAAAUAACUCUACAAACUUCCACACCUACUUCUUACCAAGGACACAAAGAGAUUACUGUUUGGUCCCCUUUUAUUUGCGGUAACUCCGUGCCGGUAUCUCCGUACAAUUCAGCUGCAUUAAGUCAAGACCAAGGUGCAGGACUUGUGAUGCUGAUGAUCAAGAUUGAUGGUCGUGUUCGAUUCAAAGUCGGAACCUUUAUUUCUGCGAAAUACAAUUUGCAUGUUAGGUGUCCUGCUUAUAUUCAGUUUGGUAGCAGAACUAAUGGAAUUAUGGUUGGUGACAACGUCGUUAAGUAUCAGCUGGCAACGAGUUGCCAUGUAAGCCUCUGAAGAUGAGGGAGAUUACCCAUAUAAAUAUAUAUAUAUAUAUAUAUAUAUAUAGAGUAUCAGCUCGUAAGGAGUUGCCAUAUAUAUAUAUAUAUAGAAGAAAAUGGUCACAUGUAAUACCGCCUUUAAGUAAUUAUUUCUUCUUUUUUUUGAGUCUUCAAUGUUUUAGUUUAAUUUGAUGUGUUACUUCUCAUGCAA